AUGUCAAAUAAAGAUCCUGCCGAACGCAGUGACGAAUCUGAUCUUGAGUCCCAAACGAGACUCAAAUUUGGUAGUAUCUACCUGGCAUCACAGCCAGUUUCCGGCAGUGAAUCUGAUGCUAGACCGAUAACGAGAUAA